AUAUUCAUCUAAAAUAUCCUACAUCUUAUUUUUUUUAAGGUGCUGGACAAUUAACGGUUAAAAUUCGUGGUCCAAAAGGUGCUUUUCGUGUUGAAAUGCAACGUGAACAUUUACAAGAUCGUACAAUAAUAUGUCGAUAUAAUCCAACUGAACCCGGCGAUUAUCUAAUUUCUGUUAAAUGGAGUGAUGAACAUGUUUAUGGUUCACCAUUUCAUACACAUAUAUUUGAACGACAAGAAGAAUUAGAUAGAUUUUUACAUGAACAAAAUGCUUAUCGUCUAGCACAACAACAAUGGAGAGAUGAAGUUUAA